AUGCCGCGAGAUCGAGCAGAGGCCGCCGCCGCCGGCGGUGUCGCCGGCCUCCCGCCGGACAUGCUAGCCAACAUCCGAGACCGCCUAGGCCUCCUCGACCGCCUCGCCUUUGCCGCCGCCUUCCGCAUGCCGGAGGUGCCGUGCCUCGUCCUGCCCGGCGACACCCCAGAGACGGCCACAGUCUUCUCGCUGGCGCACCGCCGCUCUGCCGUCAUGCGCGCCCCAGGGCCUGACCACCUCUUCCUGGGAUCUUCAUUCUCACGCGGGUGGCUCGUCACCGCUGAUGCCUUCGCCCGGCUGCACCUCGUCAACCCGGUCACCGGCGAGCAGCGGGCGCUCCCGGCCAUCGAGACCAUCCCCUGCGUCGACGCCCAAGGUGGGGGCUCCGUCUUCUCGUUCGAGGAGAAGCCGUUCAUCAGGGCCCCCCCGCCGUACCCCGACGGCUUCGCAGCGAUGACCCCCGGCUCGAUGCGCCGCUACUUCUACCGCAAGGUCGUCCUCUCCGACUCCGCCGCCAUCGCCAUGCUCAUCACCGAUCUACGGUACGGCGCUGUGGCCUUCGCCACGGCGGAGAGCCGCGUGUGGAGGCUAGUGCCCUCACGCUAUGGCAUUGCCAAGGCCGGCACCAAGUGUGCUAGGUGGCCGAGGCCGCCCUCACGCAACAGCAUCGAGGACGCCGUCCACCAUGAGGGCAUGUUCUACUCGAUCACUUACUCCGGCGAGUUGGAGGCGUGGGAGCAGGACGCCGAUAGUACCGGCGUGUUCACCAGUGUGGUGGUAGCGCCAGAGCAGCCCUGGUGCGACCACAGCAAGUACCUGGUGACGGCGCCGGGCGGCCGACUGAUGGUCGUGCUCAAGCAGUCUGAUAAGAUCACGCAUCGGUUGACAUUCAAGGUGCAAGUCCUUGACGCCGGUGCCAAACAAUGGAAGGAGGUGGACGACAUCGGCAACGCCGCGCUGUUUGUCGGGGUGAAUGGUUCGCUGUGGGUGUCGACGAGGGAGCACCCUGAGUUUAAGGCCGCCGACGAUAUGUCGCUGUACUACCCCGACAACCAGCAUGGCGCCGGGGUGUUCAGCCUCAAGGACGGCAGGGAGGAGAAGGUCGUGGGCCUUGGGCCGCACCGGAACAAGCCGGCGGCGGCGUGGUUCACGCUUUGCAUCCCAUGA